CCCCCCCCCCCCCCGAAGCCCCGCUCAAAUCCACUUCCUGGAAUCCCUUUCUCCUCCUUCGUCCCCAACACGGUUUCCCCGUUUCUCUCUUCGGGGGCGGCAAAGGAGAGUGUCAUGCCGGCGCUCAAGAACAAGAAGCAAGAACAAGGGAGCAUUGAACGCAUAUUUGAGGAAAUGCUCAUGGAGCUUGGUGGUCAAGUUGAUUUUGAUCUUCCAUCCUGGCUGAAGAAAUGGAAACCUGCACAGUAUAUAAGCAUAAAGCGCAACAUCUAUCUUACCAAAAGGCGAAUUGAGGAUGAUGGAAUCUUCUGUUCCUGUACUCAAUUAACAGGAUCGUCAACUGUCUGUGAUGGAGAUUGUCAUUGUGGGAUGCUAUUCUCUUGUUGCUCAUCUAGUUGCAAAUGUGGUGACAAAUGUCUUAACAAACCUUUUCAGCACAGAGAUGUGAAGAAAAUGAAAGUUGUAAAGACAGAAAAAUGUGGUUUUGGUUUGGUAGCAGAUGAAGACAUAAAACAAGGGGAUUUUGUGAUCGAGUAUGUUGGAGAAGUUCUAGAUGACAAAACUUGUGAGGAAAGACUCUGGAAAAUGAAGCACCGUGGAGAUACCAACUUCUACUUAUGUGAGGUUAAUCAUGAUAUGGUGAUUGAUGCUACAUACAAAGGAAAUAAAUCAAGGUUUAUAAACCACAGUUGUGAGCCAAAUACCGAGAUGCAGAAAUGGAGAGUUGACGGAGAGACAAGGGUUGGAAUUUUUGCCCUAUGUGACAUAAGAAAAGGCAAAGAUGUAACCUAUGACUAUCAGUUUGUUCAAUUUGGAGCAGCUCAAGUUUGUCAUUGUGGUACUCAUAGCUGCAGGCAAAAACUAGGCAAUAAACCUAGAAGUUUAAAUACGGUGCAUCAUAAAAGGAAAACUGACUAUGAGAACUGUAUCGGGGAGCUUGUACGUGUGUGGCGUUCAAAGGACAAGAGGUACUAUGGAGGUUUCAUAUCUGAUUUUGAUUGUUUCUCUGGAAAGCACACAAUAAUAUAUGAAGAUGAACAUGUAGAAGUUAUUGACAUGUCAAAAGAAGAUUGGGAUUUCCUAUGACCACAUACACAUUGUGUAGUAAUGUCCAUGGUGAUCCACUGUAUCAUUAGCCAAUCAUUCAUUGUGUUCCUAACAAAGUCAAACGGUGUCUCUGCUGUGCUUGUUACCGGUUUGUACUAACUAUUCAUUUCUUCUUAUGUCCGACUGAUACUCUGAUCUGAUGUUACCAUACCUUUCAUUGAUCCUGUCCACAAUAUUUCGAGCUGGUAUAACUACGGCUUGAAAUAUUACCUGGAAUUAUUGUACCCAUUUAACAUGAAACAGUUUGUUUCCCUUUUUAUACAAUGAUAAAUGAAGAUUGCUUAAUUCUUGUAA